UAGAUGUUUAUGUUAUGAUCUUUUUAUCUUGAUUACUGUAAUUUAAAAAUCCUUUUGGAAUGUGUGUUUAUUUUGCAGAAAGCAAUUUGCAAGGAGCCUCAAGAGUCAAAGAUGGAUCGUAAUCAAGAUCAAAAUGCAAUUGUUGGAGUCGUGGCUUCAGUUUUAGCUUUUGGGGCUAUUUGGAUUAAAAAAUUAAAAACUAGAAUGGGUAAGGGCAACAAAGAAGGGGCCUCCAAGCAAUUCAGGUGGACAAAGCCGAUGGAACAUGUUUUUCUUGAAAUUCUAGCAGAGGAGGCCCAGAAAGGAAAUAAGCCUUCUAAUACUUUCAGAGCAGUUUCUAUUAAUCGAGUUGCCGAAGCUAUUUCUGAAAGAUUCCAAGUCCAAUGCGAUGCGAAGCAUGUGGAAAAUCAUUUGAGGACUAUAAAAAACCAGUGGCAGAUUAUAUGCAAAAUUCGAGGUGAAAGUGGUUUUGGAUGGGAUGAUAACAUGAAAAUGAUCACAUGUGAUAGAGCGACAUAUGAUGCAGCAGUGAUGGCAUACAAGAAGUAUGAACCAUUUUUGAAUAAAAGCUUUGAUCAUUAUGAUGAAAUGGCUUUGGUUGUUGGAAAAGAUAUGGCAACAGGGAGUUUUGUCAGAACAUUUGCUGACAUAGAUUUGGAUGAUGGUAACCAAGAUUCAGUGCUUGUAGACUACGACAAUGAAGAGGCUGAAGAGGUAAGAACAAAUGUAUCUUCAUCUGGCACAUCCAAACGUAAAAGAAAAAAUGUUCAAGAAAGUGUCGUUGAUGAACAAAUUAAAUUUGUGGGUGAACAACUUGGAAAAAUUGCUAAUGCUUUGGAACAAUUUACUACGGAUAAGACACCACAGCUUUACGAACAAGUGAUGUCGAUGGAGGAAGAAGGAUUUGAUGAUGACUUCUUGUGUUACGUGUUUGAUUUCUAGUAAGUCAUGAAUCCGAUGCCAAAGCUUUUUUAGUUAAAAGUAAGAACCAUAAAAAAAUUUGGCUUUAAAAAUUUUCUCAAGGUUGAAGAUAUUGAUAUUUUUAUGUGUUGUAAUAUUAGUUAUGCAC